UUUGCACCAGGUUUCAUCAGUCGUCGCGUUUUUUCACGUUCACAUUCCGCAUCUGACCAGGAGAGCUUCCAAGGAAUCGUGUACGCUGUUGUAACAGGGCAAAAAAACGUUCCUGAUAGGCGAAGUCACGGGCCAYAAACUGAGUCACCUGGCAACAGCUUCUCACAGCUGGCCCACAUUAAGAGGCCCACCUACAACAGCGGAAGACCAGAGAACUAGCGGAUGUGCGCUGACUUCUCCAGAAGCUCUUCCUUGUCAUUUUUUCCUCAUAAGGAAGAGAAGCUUAACGAAUCAAAAGUUCUUACUAAAGACGCGCCGAGASMUUGUGAAGCUAGUUUUGACCUCWGACAUGGACGGAAGCGCUCAGAGGACACCUUUUCCUGCGUGGACCGAGUGUUGGGCAGUAAGACGGAUCCGCACGCUGGUUCCGUUGGGUUUUAAAGGUGAAAUUAAAGAGCUGUCCAAGCUGGCCGCACCAGUGAUGUUGGCCCAGUUCAUGGGGUAUGCUGUGAGUUUUGUCAGUACUGUUUUUUGCGGCCAUCUUGGGAAGACAGAGUUGGCGGGAGUGUCUUUGGCCAUAGCUACCUAUGGGAGCGGUAACCACCUGAGAGUCGGAGUCAUUCUGCAGCGGUCCAUCCUCAUUCUGUUGCUGGCCUGUUUUCCCUGCUGGGCCAUUCUCAUCAACACUGAGCCCAUUCUCUUGGCGGUCAGACAGSAGCCAGAAGUCGCCAGUUUGGCUCAGAUGUAUGUAAAGAUCUUCAUGCCAGCACUUCCAGCUAGUUUCAUGUUUUCCUUGGAAUYACGAUAUCUCCAGAACCAGGGCAUCAUCUGGCCGCAGGUCAUUACAGGGCUAAUUGUCAAUCUGCUCAACGCCCUCAUUAACUACAUUGUGCUCUUCGUAUUGAAAAUGGGAGUAGCGGGCUCCGCUGUUGCCAACACUUUGUCUGAGUUUGCCUUGGCUGGAUUCCUUUAUGCUUACAUCAUGUGGAAAGGUCUUCACAARACAACUUGGGCAGGCUGGUCCAAAGAAUGCCUCGCCGACUGGAAAUCUUAUAUCCAAUUAGCUGUUCCUGGAAUGGUCAUGAUGUGUGUGGAGUGGUGGACAUAUGAGAUUGGAGGUUUUCUGGCAGGUCUGAUAAGUGAGGUUGAGCUUGGAACGCAGUCGGUCGUAUACCAACUGGCAAAUAUUGCCUACAUGUUCCCGUUGGGUUUCAGCAUUGCAGGCAACGUGAGAGUCGGAAACGCUUUGGGAGCCGGAGAAACGAAGCAGGCAAAGCUGUCUGCGAAAGCUACAAUGUUCUGUGGAGGAUCUGUGUCCGUUUGCUUGGCAGUCCUCAUCGGGUGUCUGAAGAAUCAUAUCUCUUACAUCUUCACAUAUGAUGAGCAGAUUAGGGAAAGGGUUGCAGAAAUUAUAUCUUUUUAUGCUCCAUUCAUCAUCCUGGAUGCCAUGUCUGCUGCCUCUGGUGGGAUCAUCAGAGGGGCGGGUAAACAGAGAGUUGGGGCUAUUUGCUACUUCUUGGGAUUUUAUGGCAUUGGAUUUCCUAUUGGAAUCCCCYUGAUGUUUGCUGCCAAACAAGGAAUAAAGGGUCUAUGGACUGGUCCCCAAUCAGAAGACGCAGAUCAUUCGCUAAGCGUGACGGACACCAUGGAUCUGGUUGACACAGAAGAGGUUUCGCUGGAAGUCCAGCCCUCCUUCAGGAGCCUGGUUCUGCGAAGAGGUUUAGCUCUGGCUGGGAUGCUAUUGAUCCUGGCUGCUGGGAUCAUCAUAAACCUGCUGGUCACGAACUUGGUUACUUGA